UGUUGGGAUCCCUGUCCAAUUCACAAUUUUUCAGCUCUUUGCCGGCUACGGAAGCUGUGAUAUUCGUUAUGUGUGAGGAUGAGACGAUAAUGAAUUACCUGUCUGCAGAAUUUCGGAAACAGGUGCUUCGAUGUUGAAGACAAAGAGAGCCUCCGUGGAUGUCACCGAAUUCGUCAGAAACGAGGAUGGCUUUUGAAAAAUUCCUUUGCGGAUUAUGUGAUUACAUAGUGAAAUGCAAACGGAUUGGCUGCACAACUCAUUGACCUUGGAAAAGGCCAUCCAAAUGAUGAUUAUAUUUUCCAUAGAACAGAAGAAAUUGUGGAACAAUUUCAAUAGAUGAUGUCAUGAAAGUUGCAGUUGACUAUGCAGAGGCCUCAAAGUGCAGAUACUGUCCAAGCACGUGACACGAAAAGAUAUAAGUGCACACAAUGUUCCAAAGCAUUUGCAAACAGCUCAUACCUCACACAGCAUACUAGAAUUCAUUUGGGUAUCAAGCCAUACCUGUGUGAAAUAUGUCAGAGAAGCUUCACUCAACUCUCCCAUUUGCAGCAGCACAUCCGUACCCACACAGGUGACAAACCGUAUAAAUGUCCUGAGCCAGGCUGCAGCAAGGCUUUCUCUCAGCUGAGUAAUCUUCAUAGUCACUCUCGUUGCCACCAGACGGAUAAGCCUUUCAAAUGCAACUCAUGCCAUAAAUGUUUUGCAGAUGAGCCCUCCCUCAUAGAACAUAUUCCCAGACACAAGGAGUCUAAACACUUGAAGACCCAUAUUUGCCAAUAUUGUGGGAAGUCGUACACACAGGAAGUGCAUUUGGCGAAGCAUAUGCAGAAACAUGCAGAUAGGACAGACAAGAUACCACCUUUAUCAGGUGCUGAACCAAAUGUUCCAGCAAAUCCACAAGGCAGUGAAGCAGAUGGCUAUUCGGCUAUUGACCUUCAGACAUAUUGGGCCAAGGUAUCUCCAGAUUUCAGUAACGUUUUGUCCGAGGCUGCUGCACGGGAAAAUAUGGCCUUGCGACAGAUGAAUAAUUCCCCAUUUACAGAACAGCGAUCUGCAGCAUCCCAACUUCGUGACCUUCUUGAGCAAGGCGUGACACACCAGCCACAGGAUGAAGACACUGAUCGCAGUGGAAACAAUGGAGAGAGUGCUGAUGAUGUGGGUGAAAAUCUGGUCACGAAAGAUCAUAGCCCCAGAGAUGCUAUAAGUACAGUUAGGCUACCAGUGCAGACAUCUGAAUCUCAACAGUGCUCGGUAUCUGUUCCUAAUCCUACUUCUGUUUAUUCCAUCUCUCGGAGUGAAACUUUCGCAUCUUCAAAUCUUCCCCCAUUCCAGACUGUAAGCGGGCUCAUGCACGUUAAUCACCUUACCCAGCACAACCAGCAUGUGAAUCCUGCCUCACAGGUGAUGACGUCUGCUCCACAGUAUCUAUCUUAUGUAGCUGUUCCUUUGCCUCAGCAUGGUGCGUUUCCGUCGACAGUAAGUCAAUUUCCAUUGUCAGCUGGUGUUGUGUCUGAUGCUCCAAAAACCACAUCCAACACAUUUCCUAAUCAACUUAUCUCUUUGCAACAAAUUAAAAACUAUGCCCAGCAGCCCCUCUCUUCAUCUCUAUCAAGUGAACGUCUUUUGGGCAUUAAGGAAGAAAUUGAUUAGCAGCAUGCUGCCAGUAAUGCAAAAGGUGUUAUUGUAGGAGUGUUCGGUUUGAUAAACAGUGGAAUAUACCGGUGUGAUUAUUUCAAAAAUCUGACAGAAAUGACCCAGUUGCUACUCUGAUUUGGAUAGCAAUGCAGAAGUGAGUGUGGUGUGCACAGUUCUUUUAAUGAAAUGUGAUUAGGUCUUUCUUUUUUGUUUGUAUUAAAAGAAAUAUAUUAAUACAUUUAGUGCCAUUUUUACAUGCUUGAAUGUAAAACUGACUGGAGUUUAAUAGACAGAGCAUACGUUUUUAUCUAUGAUGUCUGAUUAAUGCCAUUCACUGCUGUGUAGUGUUGUGCCAAAUAUUGGCGUGAGUGACUGUUAUGAACUUUGUUUUACCUCAGAUGCAAUCCAGGUAAAGAGAGAAUGGAUUAAUUGCCAUUUACUUUUUAAAUAUACUAUGUAUAUGUAGAAUUUAAAUAUAUAUAUAUUUUACUAUGAAAUUGUCAUGACUUCAUAAUUAAAUAACUUACUCAUAUUUGAAGCAUGGUAACACUAAGACUGAUUUUUAUGUCUAUUUUUGUCUAAAUGAUGUGGCUGUUGUACCAAAGUUAAGACAUCAGUCUAAAAGUAUUGCAAAUGUUACAGAUAAUAAAAGGUUUUAAUUGUGUUCUUAUUACCAUUUGUGGCAAUUACAUGACAUAAUUUUAUCUGUUUCGCAAGAAAAGUUCCACAGGAUUUAAAACUCUCAUUAAUGAUAGUAUUAAAUGUAACAAAAUAUUGUGUUAUGGGUCACCAAUACUGUGAUUACAUGCAUGUAAAUAUGAGGUGUUACUCUUGAAAGACUGGAGCUAUUUGUAACAUGCAUGUAUUUGGAAAUUUUAAAAUGAAAGUUGUUAUUAAUUAUAGCUGUAUUUUAGUAUGAA